AAUUUGAUCGAUGAUAGUCAGUUUGUACACAGAGACUCGUUCGAUAAGUUUUAUAAUAAACGGGGAUAUUGCAAGAAACUUUUGUUCUUUGUGUCCAAAGCGCAUAUUUCCAAAAUUUUGGAUUAACAUCAUAAAGUAAGACUGAAAAUUGAAAUGAUUUUUUUGUGAGGUCUUAUCCGAAAAAUAUCUACAUCUGCCACGGCAAUUUCAACAAUGAAUAUUUAUUUGACGUGUUUACUAUUUUUGAUACUCUUUUUACUACACGAUUGUCAAACAAAAUCUGUUAAUGUUGCCCUUAAGAAGCCAAUAAAUGCAAAAGUUACGUGUGGAACAGUCACUGGAGAGGAACCAUUUUAUGUUCAUGCCCAAAUAUUCGAACCCACUUGGAAGAGAAAGGUAUAUACUUGUGUAAAUGGUUCGCAAUACCCUCCUGAUACUAUGGUAGACGGCUUGGUUGAUACUUGGUGGCAGAGCACAUCUAGAUCAAGACUAAUAAGUCUUGGUUAUGGAAAGGAUGGUAAGGAAAUAGGUGAAAUCACUAUAGAUUUAGAGCAGGAGUUUGAAAUUAAUUCAAUUUCACUUCAAAUGGGUGAUAGCUUACGCCCUAAGUUAAUGUCUGUUAAAAAAUCAACUGAUGGAGUUACAUAUAAAUCCUGGCUUCAUAAAGUUACCGUUCGGGACAGCGACUGUCCUGAAAAAUUUCCAACUGCAAUCCUUUCGGAUAUACCAUCAAAUCUUUUUAGUAUAUUAUGUCAACAAUAUAUUCUUGAUAAACCAGUUACAAACGAAAUAAUUAAAUUCGAUUUAUCCGUUGUUCCAACAAAUCUGGCUGCUUUCAAGAAAGCAAGAUAUUUAAAAAUAUUGUUCUAUACUAUGGAAUAUACACUUGGUUUAACUGGAGAUAGAUUUCAACAUUUUACAGUUAAGGAAUUAACUGUUAUGGCCGAAUGUGUAUGUAAUGGUCUUGGAACUGAUUGCGUUAAAAGUAACAAUACAGGGAGAUUCGAAUGUAUUUGUGGGGGAAAUUCUGAAGGGAGAUUUUGUAAUAAAUGUAAACCUUUCUAUAAUCAACGAAAGUUUCAAUAUGGCAAAACUUGCGAAGCUUGCGUUUGCAAUAAACACUCUGAAGCCUGUUAUUUUAAUGAAACGGUUAAUGCUCUAAAUAUGAGUAAAGAUGCCACCGGUAAGAUGAGUGGGGGUGGUACUUGUAUUGAUUGUCAACAUAAUACGACUGGUGUUAAUUGCGAAAAGUGUAUUAACUUCUUCUAUAGACCUUUAGGAAUUCACCAAAACAGUCCUAGCGCUUGUAAAAAAUGCAGUUGCCAUGGCCCAGGUGUUACACUUAAUCCGGAAACUGGAUUGGUUGGUGACUGUAUUAUGAAUGAUGACAAACCAUUGCCGAGUGGGAAGAAACCGGGCGAUUGCAUAUGCAAAAAAAAUGUUCAAGGUACUACUUGUGAUCAAUGCAAACCCGGAUUCUUUAAUUUAACUUCCGAUAAUCCGAACGGCUGUCAAGAUUGUUUUUGUAAUCCGUCCGGUACUUUGGGAGGAACGACUGUUUGUCUAACGAACGCAACAGGAAGUUGCCCCUGUAAGAAAAAUGUUAUGAAUAGAAGAUGCGACGAAUGUUUGGAUGGUUUUUAUGGACUCAAUGAAACGAAAGCAGAUGGUUGUACAAUUUGCGAUUGCGACGCUGGAGGUUCAUCAUCCUCUACGUGUAGAAAAUCUGACGGUCAGUGCCCCUGUCGGAAGAAUGUUGACGAUCGCCAAUGUAAAAGUGUAAUACAACAAACUUUUUAUCCUGGAGCUCAUUAUUUCUCUUAUCAAUUUGAGGAUGAAAAAGGAAUGUGGGAUAGAGUUCAGUCAGGUUUUUCAGGAAUAGGAUACGCAUUGGUUAAUGUUAAUAAUUCGGCAAAAGCUAAUUUUAAGAUACCUGAAAAUAAAUUAUCUGGAGUUUAUAUUGUUUUGAUAAAAUAUGUCUCCACCCUACAUGCUACGGGCAAAUUAUCUAUUAGCAUACUUGCCGGUGCAAAUCAGAUGAUAAGCUUGACUUUUAAUCAAUGCUCUAAAGAUUGGUGUAUAAUCAAAGCGGAAUCUAAUGAUAGAGAAAACGUAACAUUAGCACCGAAUAUACCAUACACAGCUACAAUUUCAAUUAAUGAAGAUCAUAAUGUUUUCUUUGAUGAAAUCAUUAUUCUACCAGAGGAGUUUUUCAAAACAGAGAAACUAUUAGGUGUUGACAACUCAAAAAAGUUUUCAAGCACUUGUAACAUAAUUAAAAAUGAUCUAAAACUUAAUUCACCUACUGACGGACCUUUUUGUAAAUCUCAAAUAUUUUCUUUAUGGACUAAUUAUUUAGAUGGAGCAUUACCGUGUGACUGUCAUCCUGAAGGUUCUUUCAAUAAUACAUGCUCAAACUUUGAAGGUCAAUGCCAUUGCAAACCUGGAGUGGGCGGUCGCAGGUGUGACGAAUGUCUUGCAGAAUUUUACGGUUUAGAUAAAGAUGGAUCUUGCGAUUGCAAAGGUAAGUCUACAGUAUGCGAUCGGAAAACUGGCCAAUGUGUUUGCCAACCGAAUUCAAGUGGUCGUCAAUGUGAGAAGUGCUUAGAUAAUUAUUAUGAUUGGACAGCUGAUAAAGGAUGUCAAGACUGUAAAUGUGAUGUGAGAGGAUCACUUACACUUCAAUGCAAUAUCACAAGUGGCAUAUGCGAUUGCAAAUCAGGUGUUUUCGGUGAAAAAUGUGACACUUGCGCAGAAAAAUAUAAACUGUUUAGCAGCUCGGGUUGUUCAUCUUGUAAUUGCGAUAUGCAAGGAAGUACUAAUGCCGUAUGUAAUGAUACUACCGGUCAAUGCCCUUGUAAAAAAAAUACGGGAGGUUUAGUAUGCGACGUUUGCAACGAAUCAAGCUUUUAUAAUGAUGUUUCUCACAAGUAUGGCUGUUUGUCGUGUGUUUGUAUGGGAGUAUCUAAGAACUGUAAGAGUACUGUAUGGAAUAAUGUUUUGAUAACUAUGCCAGCCAGUAGUUCGUCUUUUGAAGGAGGAGUUCUCAAGCAUAAUCCAAAUUAUAAUUUGCGAACUGAAACUACCGUUCAGGAUAUUAAUUUUACCUUCCCAAUCGCUCCUGAUUCAGGCAUAAGAUUGCAACAGACGGACGUCUCCGGUACAGAAAGUUUAUAUUGGCAACCAAAGAAACAGUUAAUCGGAAAUCUUUUGACUAUGUACGAAAAUAAAAUCUACUUUGAUGUCUAUUAUAAAGAAUUAGAAACUGGUGGUAAGAAUAAAGACUUAUCUGUUCUUCUUCUGGGACGUAAAAAUGAUAAAUACGUAUUUAAUAUUGAUCCGAUUGACGGCGGAACUUUGACCAGAUUAAAUUUUACUUUAUCGGAAGCAGCAGCAAAUCAAAAGAAUGGAAAAGAUAUUGAAAGAGAACAGUUUCUAUUAGCUUUGACGGAUGUUCAAGCUGUACUUUUACCAGCCGUGUUCAAUGACAAAAAACAUUCAUCUGGUAUUGGAAAUUUGAAAUUUGAGAGAGCAGAUCCGUUGGGUUUUAGCGGUAGAUCUUUGGGAGUUGAGAAAUGCUCGUGUCCAAAAGGUUACGAAGGUCUUUCUUGCGAAAAAUGUUCGGAGGGUUAUAAGAGGGAAAAUGUUACAACUCAAGGAUUUUUAGGAUUCUGUGUACCUUGUGAAUGUAAUGGACAUUCGUCAAAGUGUAAUGCAGAUACUGGAGUUUGCGAAUCCUGUUUACACGAUACUGACGGCGAUAGAUGCGAGAUAUGUAAAUUAGGGUUUUACGGUAAUGCAACGAACGGUACGCCAAAUGACUGCAAAAAAUGCCCCUGUCAUGAACCUCGAGUUCGUAACGAUACUUGCCAAUUAGUGAAUAACAAUCCCGUCUGUUCUUUUUGUAAUGAAGGUUACUCUGGAGAUCUUUGUGAUAAAUGCGAAAACUUUUAUUUUGGUAAUCCGGAGGUAAUUAAUAAGGGAAGUUGUAAGAAAUGCUUUUGCAAUGGUAAUGCUGAAUCUUGCGAUAAAGUUACCGGAGCCUGUUUAAAUUGUACUAAGAAUACAAUUGGUAAGCAAUGCGAAAGAUGUCAGGAUGGAACUUACGGUAACGCAACAGUACCAGAUUGUAAAGCUUGCAACUGCGACGAAAAAGGGUCAAAUUCUACCGUUUGCCAUCACUUUACCGGUCAAUGCCCGUGCAAGCCUGGAGUUGGAGAGAGAACUUGUUCGAAAUGCCUUACAGAUUAUUAUGGAUUCACAAAUACUUCUUUUGUUGGUUGUGUUCCUUGCAACUGCAAUAGUGCCGGAAGUCAAACAGGUCAAUGUAACGAUGAUGGCAUUUGUACUUGUAAAGAUGGCAAUACAGAGGGAAUUAAGUGUGAUUCCUGUAAAAAUAAUUUUUGGGGUCUACCAAAGCAAGCUUGUUCUGCAUGUCAAUGCGAUAUUACUGGAUCUGUUGAUUCAACAAAACCUUGCGAUAAAGUAUCUGGUCAGUGCGAUUGUAAGGAAGGUGUCGCCUCUAGACGCUGUAACGAAUGUAAACCGUUAUAUGUAAAUUUUGGUGCUACAGGAUGCACAAGAUGCGGUGAUUGUUCUUUUGCUUUGGGCAACGAUACAAAUAGGCUUACGGAUAGCUACAAAGACUAUUGGAAUACAUCUCAGGGAGUGGGAAAAUUACAAGAUGAAGAUAUCUCUUUACAAAGUCUAUCGGCUGAGGUAAAUUCAACCAUCAAAUCUUUGGGAAUCAGCGGAAAUCAACUAGAUGUUUUAGAGAAGAAAGUGACUAAUUUAACAACAGCUGAACCUUUAUAUAAUUCAACAAUGAAAAAUUUUGAAACUGAUAUUGAAAGUCUACAUUUUAAAACUGGAAAGUUAUUAAAUGAUAGUCUAGAAGAAAAAUCAAGGAUAAAUAGCUUCAAAAAUCAAUCAAAUUUUGCUUGGACGAAAGCAAGAACAGCAAAUAACAUUGCCAAGUCUUUGGUCACACAAGUAGAUAAUUGGAAUAAAACAGCUCACGGAUAUCUACUUCUGGGAAAUCAAGUUUCCAAUAGGGUAAAUAAUACAUUUACAAAGGAAAGAGAAGAAAUAUCUAAAACUCAGGCUAAAAUUGAUGCAACUGUGGCGAUUGCUAACAGCUAUAGUAACAAAGUUGAUGUAUUGAAAAACAAAACAGCAGAGUUGAAUAAAGAUUUAAUAGACAAGGAGAGUAAUUUCAAAAAGUUAAAAAGUGAAACAGAAGUUAUUAGAGGUCAAGGAAUGACAUUGAAUAAUACGGUUAAUGACGUCUUUACAACCAUUAACGCAACUCUACAAAAUCGACAAGCGGCAAUCGAUUUGUUUGAAGAAGGUAUUAAAAUAUUUGAUCUCUGCGAUAAAAUAUUGGACGACGGUCAAAAAGAAUAUACAGAUGGGAAACAAGCUUUAGAUGAUGUCAAUAUUGCCAUUUCCGGUUCAGCUACAAAAUUACCAUUAACUUCUAAUAUGGAUUUAUCUGGUAUUGAAAAUUAUGAAAAGGGAGCACUAAAAUUAGAAGUCAAAAUAAACGAUUCUAUUAGUAAAAUUGAUGAUUUUGAUAAAUUAUUCAGUUCUGUUCGAGUUGUUGCUGAUGCUUUAAAGUCAAAUGCUACGAGAAUAAGCGAAACCUUUAAAAGUGUUGAGACAAGAGGCGAAAGAGCGGUUAAAGCAAUAAAUGAUUAUGAAGAGGUAAUAAAAAAGUUGAACGAGUCCACGAAUAUGGCUCUCGAAGCAAAUACAACUUUAAAAGAUACUUUAGAUGAAUUGAGUAAAGUAUCAGCAGAAGAUCUUCAAAAGCAAGCAACAACUGAGAAAACUGCAAGUGAAAAUUUAAAGAAAAGUGUUGAAGCCAACUCAAAUUUAAAUACACAGUUGAAUAACGAUAUAACAAGAUCAAGAGCAGCUCUUAAAUCAACAGAACAAGAAUGGAAUAAUUUACAACCAAGUAUUAAAGAUUAUAAUAACAAAAUUGAUACUUUAGUUAAAACAACUAGUGAUACUAAAGUUGGUGAAGAUAGUUCCAAGUUCUCUGUAACAGCUAACAAUAUUAUCAGAUCGUCGCAAGUGAUUCUUGCCGAAGAUUUAAUAAUAGCCAAAAAUGUUCAAGUUGAAAGAGAAAAAGUAACAACUUUAGAGGAAGCGAUAAAAAAUUCAACUACAAAAGAAGAAAUAAAAAACUAUAAAAGUGAUUUGGACACAAAACAAAAGACCAUAAAGGAAAUUGAAGCUGUAAAAACGUUAACAAAUACAACAAAAUAUGAUGUUGAAAGUCGAUUAAGCGCUUUGGAGGUUAAAGUUAAUGAAGCUAGACUACUACUAGGAAAAUUAGAGCAGCCGGUUAAUUUUGAAACAGAUGACUAUGUUGAAGCUGUUAAUCCUGAUGCUGCUAAAAAUAAUCUAAGAUUUAAUGAAAUAUAUCUAAAAUUUCGAUUUGAAAAUUUCCCAAAAGGAGUCAUAUUUUUUGUUGAAAAUAAAAAGAAUAAAGAGAAAUUACUUCUACAGAUUGUUAAUCAACAGUUAAUGUUCGCGGUUCAUAACGACGUUAGUGAAGUUAAGGUAAUCUCUCCAACAACUUUAUGUACAGGCUGUUGGUUUAGAGUAAUUGCAACCAGAUAUACAAAGUACUGCCAAUUAAGUAUUACAAAAUUGGAUACUGGUGGAGUUGCCGUACAUCAUGAAGAACUUUCUGGUAGUAAAGAGACUAUGACUCUUGACGGUAACAUAUACGUUGCUGGUUUACCAACUUCUAUGAUUACGACUAAGAUAGAUAACAGUACAAGAGGAUAUAAGGGAUGCAUUCAUGAAUUAUCAUAUAAUAAUAAACCAAUAUCAUUAUGGAAUAGUAUAUUGUCUAAUGAAAAUCAAACAUUAAAAUGCUGCGGUCAGCCGCCAAUACCUCCUUCCGCUCCUACUGAAACAGGAACAAGUUUUGGUGGUUUUGGAAUGCUUCGAACAGAAUCGUCCUCCCUUGACGUUUCACAAUUAUCUCGAAUCAGUUUUGAGUUUAUCACUUGGGAUUCUCAAGGAACAAUUUUAUUAGUUGAUGACUCAAACAGUACUCAAUAUUACGGGUUAUUCAUAAACGAUGGAAAUAUUAUUUAUGAAUUUGGUAACAGUGCGGAUAGUAAGAGUGUUACAUCUCUAAAAAGCUCUAAAAAAUAUAAUGAUGGCAUGUGGUAUGAGCUUGAAAUAAUGCACAAUACAACAUAUGCAGUAUUAACCAUUGCCAAAGUUAACAAGACUUUAGAUCCUAGUAUGGAUGUAAAAUCAUCUUCCAAUUUACCAUUGGGAGAUUUAAAAGACCUAUCGAAGAACGAUAUUACAAUUGGAGGACAAAAUUCAAAUACAACUCAGACAAAAGGACCGGUUACAGAUAGUUUCGCCGGAGCUAUUAGGCAAUUUCAACACAAUGUUGGCAAUAAUCUUAAACUAGUUCCUAGAGUUUUGAAGGAGAGAGUGAUAGAAAGUUCGAAUGUAUUUCACUCAAUUUUUGACCUUUUGACGAAGGGAUUAUGGUUUAACGGACCAAAAGCGGCUGCUUCAAUCAUCCUUUCUAGUACACAAAGAUUUGUUAAAGAAAUCGAAUUUGAAUUCAUAACAUUUCAACCCUCUGGAAUUCUCCUCUACGGCCCUGGAACUAGUCGGUCAUUUUUCUACAUUGCAAUCUAUAAUGGUGAUCUAUUUUUACAAUUUGAACAAUCUCGAGGAAGACAAGCUCCAUUGAGAAGUCGAGGAAAAUAUCUUAGUGAAGGAAUUUUUCAUAGAGUUGUAAUCAACUUUGAAUUUGAAAAUAGUCCAAAAAUGACCAUUGACGGAGAAACUCAUCACGGAGCAAUAACUAUGACGCCUACAAUGACACUCGAUUCUCCAAAUAUUCGAUUACACGCUGGUGGACCUUUCGGUAUUGAAUUACCUAAUGAUUUACCAGUAACAAAUAACUAUAUUGGUGGAAUAAGUAAUUUGAAAAUAAAUAAACAGUCGAUCGACUUUCUGAGCUCUGCUGUUCUUAAAAAAUCAUUACAAAAUAAUGUCUUCCUAAGUGGAGUCCCAGGGAGUCUGGAAACUUUGCCACCUUUGCCAUAUGUUACAACACCAGCACCACCAACAACACCAAAGCCAACUUGUGCGAUACCCAAACAAACACCUGGAAAAGUAAUUGAUGGAGUGAAUUUUGGCCAAGAAUCAGUUUCGUAUCUAUCAUUUGAUUUAAAAGGAAACUAUGCAAAUGCUCUUCGAAGCAGCUUUACUAUAGCUGUGGAAUUUCGGGCUUUAGAGCCUGAUGGAUUAAUACUUUAUGCCGCUGAUCAAGUACCAAACCCAAGAAUGUACGUUGCAAUCUACAUGCAUAGUGGAUAUAUAUACGUUAGCAUUGAUUCUGAUACACCUACAAGCAAUAGUGUUGGAUCAAAUGGUCAUUCCCCAACUAAGUUACUCAAGUCUAAGAAUAAGUAUAACAAUGGCAAGUGGGAAGAACUAACGGUACUAAGGAUAGCCGAUUUCAUGGCUUUGAUCAUACCUGACAGUAAGGAUUAUACAAAUAAUAGAAUAAAUGCUGUCGGAAAUGCUUUUAUUGAUAUAAAGACUCCUUUAUAUUUGGGUGGAGUCCCUCAAAGUGUUGUUGGUUCACCGUUCAAUUCAAAUAAAGAUAUUAUAAUCGGCACUAUACCUUUUAAAGGUUGUAUCCGAAAGUUAACUGUGUCAACUAACGAAAAUACUAUACCAUUUAAUCUCGUGUCACCAACCGACAAGAAAGGAACGAAUAAAUGCUAUGAACAAGUUAUGGCUGGAACGUUUUACAAUGCUACAAAUGCUUAUGCUAUGAUUGGUGACUCUACAACCAAUACCUUUGAUAUUGGUAUUAGAGGACGAAACUUCAAUUUCACAGUGACCUUUCUUAGCACAGCUUUAAAUGGAACGCUGGUCGUUUCUUAUGGUACUUCUCAACAAUACUUCUUAAUUGAUAUAAACAAUGGAGCGGUACGAGUCUCAUUGGGUAAUUCUCAAAAUGUUGAUAAGCCAUUUGAAUAUAUCAUUCAAGAUUCAAUAACUAAUGGAAAGUAUUCAGUAUGCAAUAAUCAAGAGCACAGACUUAUGGUGGAUGUCACUAGUGAAGGCAUAGUAACACAAUUUGAUGCAAAACCUCCUGUUGCCACCAAAUAUCCAGCUGGUUUUACUAUUCCUAUUUUAAACAAAUCUGUCCUCUAUUUAGCCGGAUUAAAGAAUCCGAAUUGGAUAUUUCCGAUAAAAACCCACGGAGAAAGCUUUACGGGAUGUAUUAGCAAUGUUUAUGUUAAUGAUAGAAGUUUUGCUAUGAGUCAUUCAAGCGAUAAAAAGGGUCUUGAAAGCGGAUGCCCAAGUUUUUAA